AUGGCAGGACUCCGGACCUGCUGGCGCCUCUACAGGCUGCUGCCGUCGGCUCCUAAAGUCCUCCUCUUCUCUCAGACCGGAAGAGAUUGUCCGACAGCGACAGUGAGCUGCUUGUCGAGGUUCGGGGGGAGGAUUUCUAUCGUAGCCCAGUCCUACAGCGCAAACCUUCUUCCUGCCCUGGUCAAUGCUCUGGAGGGAGGACUUCACCUCGUCCACAUGGACUUGCGUUCCAACAACAUCGGCGCGCAGGGGAUGAAACUGCUUCUGGACUCCUUCUGCAAGACGCCUCGUGCAAAGGAGCUCAAGUACCUUAGCCUGGACCACAACAACAUCUCGGAUGAAGGAGCGCUGCUGCUGGGCGAUCUUCUGCGGACUUGUCCUCUUAUAGAAACGCUGAACGUCGCCAACAACGGGAUUGGCUACCAUGGGGCUGCCGGGCUGGCUCAGUCCCUGCCGCAUUGUAAAUACUUGUCGGGGUUUGAUAUCGGGGGGAACGGGUUCGGCGAUGAAGGCAUACGGGAGAUGUCAACGUUCCUCGGUCAGUGCAAGAGGCUGAAGCAGCUCUCCCUGCGAUUCAACGAGAUCCAUGUCGAUGGAGCUGAGAACCUGGCCGAGCAUCUGCCCCGUUGCGACUCGCUCACUCACCUACAGAUCUGUCGGAACAAGCUCGAAUGCUCUGGAAUAAGACACAUCUCGUCCUGCCUUCCGAGAUGCAAUCAACUCUCCUUCCUUGACCUCUCUGGGACUUGCAUCUGCAAUGAGGGUGCCGCCAUCUUGGCGGAAUGCAUUGUAUUGUGCAAGAAGCUACAACAUUUGGACCUCAGAGACAACAAGAUCGGUGUGGAAGGAGCCUCGAGGCUCUCGUCGUCUUUCAAGCACUGCAACCUCCUCGAGUUCCUGGACCUCAGCAAGAACGGCCUCGGAGAUCAGGGUGUGGAGGGCUUGUCCUCAGGACUUACCUGGUGCGAGAGGCUCGUGCAUCUUGCCCUUGGGAUGAACGGGUUCGGCGAUCGCGGUGCCACGUCCUUGGGCAGACAAGUCCGAUCCUCCUUGCAGCACCUCUUCCUUGCCAACAACAAGAUCUCUGACCGGGGUGCCGAGGCUCUCUCCUCGAGCUUGUGUGGAUGUCCCGAGCUCGCGAUUGUUGAUCUUCGAUGGAACAAGAUCGGAGCUAGCGGAGGAGCACUGCUGGGAGAACGACUGUCUAGGGUGAAGCUUGCUCUGGCAGUGAACCUCGUGGCCGGUCUUGCUCGCACAUCGUCGAGCUCCAGCGUCAGGCAUCUCGGGCUGCGGCACAACCUUGUGGAAGACGCUGGGCUGAUUGGCUUCUCUCCCAUGCUGUCCUCCUUGCGCUCGCUGGCUAUCAUCGACCUCAGCUGCAACCGGAUCGGGAACCAAGGAGCUCUCGCUCUCGCAGAAGUUCUGCCAAAGCUGCGCCAGAUCGUCCGGGUUGACCUGCGCGAGAAUGGGAUCGGCGACUUCGGAGCGAUGGCGCUGGCGGAGAGCUUGCCCUGUUGUCCCGCCCUCUCUUCUCUUGACAUACGCAUCAACUGCUUCGGGGCGGCGGGGGCGAGGAGUCUGCGGAUGGCGGAGGAGAGGAAGAAGAGCGUGACGAUCAGCAUGGAGGGAUGGGAGGAGGGAGUGGCAGACACUUCCCUGACCCGCUCCUGGUCGCAGCACGACAUGGCGCGUGAUCGCUUCCUGUCCUUCGAGCGCGGCGUCUUCAUGAUGGACCGCAACGUGUGGGUAACGCUGUUCGUGCUCGUGAGCAUGUGGCUCUUCAACCUCUACAACACCAGCAAAAGUACAAGCUAA